CACCCAUUCACGAUGCACAUCAGGCAUUCGGAUACGUUGUUGCGUUGCCGGCAAUGCCUUCCCUCGCGUCGAAUGCGCCUUCCGCCUUGAUGAGAAGCAUUGCACGAUGCACACAUCGAGCAUCUCAAACAUUACCUCAUCAUCCGUUACAACGAACCCCAGCACGAGCGUUCUCUGCAAAUGUGACACUCAAGAAGAAGCAAGAGGAGGCAGUCGCCAAGGCUGAACAGCCGAAACAAGGGUCGCGCAAGACUGCGGGCAAGACAUCGUCACUGCGCAGCGUUGCUGUUGAGGCCCAGCGAUCGCGAACCUUCGUCAAGUCGCGUGGCCGAACGCGCUUCAUCGAUCCAGACGCCGAAACGAAAACGGUAAGCGCGUAUUGCGCGGCCGAGACAUACGACAUUGCAGUCGCCGCGCGACUCGUCAAAGCUCAAGGCUACGAACUCGACCCCUUCCAAACAGGGCUAUACCCACAAGUCAUCCAUGUACAGACCAGUGACCGCCCGUCAGAGGUCAAAGACUUCCAGCAGGGCGACAUCUUCGUCUUCCCCUCUGGCACAGUCGUUACAUGGAACGUCCGUGAGCGCGAAGCCUUGAAGCUCGUCCAGCAGGUGUUGCCUGCAGCAGCAGAAGGCUCACACCUCGAGCUUCUCGAAACAGAAGACCUCGAAUACCUGGAGGACGGCUCACGUGAGAGCAGCGAAGUGGUUGGCGACACUAUUGUGCUAGGGACCAAGCCUGAGCAAGCUUCAGACCCUUCACCCUCGGCACUCAGCGACACUGGCCCAGCGUCUCCAGAGAUCGACACGGUGCUCGCCAAGAUUGCCUUCUCGUCUGGCCUGGCGCGUUCCACGAAGCUCGCCGUUCUCGAGACUCUCCUUUCAAACUACCAGCACUCGACCCGCGAGAUCCCCAACAUGCUCGCCGCAAAGCACACCCGCUCACCCUUCACGCGCUCCUUCAUCCUUCGAAAGACCGGCGAAUUGCUCUCCAUACGCGCCCAGCUGAAUCUCUAUUCAGAGUUGACAGACAGCAUGCCAGACCUUUUCUGGGACUCGCGGCACGAGCUAGGCUUGGGCGGAUACUACGAUGACGUUGGUCGUGCACUGGAUGUCGGUGUCAGGAUCAAGGUGUUGAACGAAAAGAUUGGCUUCGCGCAAGAGAUUGCAAGUGUGUUGCGUGAGCAGCUGAGCGAGAAGCACGGACUGAGGCUGGAAUGGGCGAUCAUCGCGCUGAUUGCUGUGGAGGUGGUAUUGGAAUUCUGGAGGCACUACGAGGAGAGGAGGGAAAGAGAUGACCCAGAGAGCACGCAGGCGCUUCUCAGAGCGUACCUCGAGCGGUUGGCGAGCGAAGAGACAAAACCAAGAGACGUGUAACAGCAGCGGCGACAUGCUUCGUAAUUAUGAUACCCCACUCAGUAACGGAAAAUGGU